GAGACAGAAAGAGAGAAACAGAAUGUGUGCGUGUGUUUGUGUGUGCGACAGAAAAUAGCGCAGAGAAAUCUUUUAAUGGAUUUUUGGGUGCAGCUGCAUUGUUGUCCGUUACGCGCCGGGAGUCUAUUUUUCGCAAAUUAUCAGAUGUGGACGGAAACAACCGAGGUUUAAACCCACCAUAUAGUUGCAGCUAAACAGAGAUAAAGGAGUAUGGACGGCCACAGUCUUAUUCAACACAUUGAACGAGACUCGGAGGCCACCUUAAUGCCUUUUUCGGUUACCGCUGAUUGGCUAGACGAUGGAAACGAGACGACAGAGAAUCAGUUCCAGCAGCCCAACUGGCAGGUGGCCCUCUGGGCUAUAGCGUAUUCCCUAAUCAUCCUGGUGUCCAUCACUGGGAACGUCACAGUGAUCUGGAUUAUCCUCGCUCACAGACGCAUGAGGACAGUAACUAAUUACUUCAUCGUCAACCUGGCCUUUUCUGAUGUUUCCAUGGCAACUUUUAACACACUUUUUAACUUUGUGUAUGCGCUUCACAAUGACUGGUAUUUUGGCCUGGGUUACUGCAGAUUUCAGAACUUCUUUCCCAUCACAGCCAUGUUUUCAUCAAUAUACUCUAUGGCUGCCAUCGCUGUGGACAGGUACAUGGCCAUCAUCCAUCCUCUGAAGCCUCGCCUGUCCUCCACCUCCACAAAAGUUGUGAUUGCCUUGAUUUGGAUUGUUGCGUUCUCACUGGCUUUUCCUCAGUGCUACUACAGUGUGACAAGAUUUUACUACCCCAGGACUGUGUGCAUGGUCGACUGGCCUGAUGAUUAUGGAGGAACACACCAACUAAGUUACCAGUUUGCAGUUAUAUUGCUCAUCUAUUUGCUCCCUCUGCUGGUGAUGCUGGUGACCUACAGUUUAGUUGGCCGAUCACUGUGGGGUGGGCACAUCCCCGGAGAGGCGUCAGACCAUUACCACAGUCAGAUAACAGCCAAGAGAAAGGUGGUGAAGAUGAUGGUAGUUGUGGUUGUGACUUUUGCUCUCUGUUGGCUGCCCUACCAUAUCUACUUUAUUCUGGGAUCAUUUAACAGAGACAUUUAUAAGCAACAUUACAUUCAACAGGUUUAUUUGUCCAUUUUCUGGUUGGCGAUGAGUUCAACAAUGUACAACCCAAUUAUUUACUGCUGUCUAAACCAAAGGUUUCGUGCUGGUUUCCGUCAUGCCUUCUCUUGGUGUCCCUUCAUCAUAGUAUCAGAGGAGGACAAGAUGGAGCUGCAGCACACAAACACCUUCAGAGUCACAGUGACACGGAGCCACCGCAGUGACACUUCUUACACGCACACGUCCAUAAAAAUAAAACACACACAGAGAGAUGCUUGCUUACAGCGGAAAAAAUUCACAUGUAACACACACAACUCACAUUUGGCACAGGAGUUGGUCAAUACAAAAUCCCCAUCUGCCAAGCUUAUGGAGCACAGUCAGUGACUCCUGGAAUGAAUUAUGAUGUGGACAUUCAAGAUGAGACAAAGCCAAUACAAAAAAAAACAAACAAACAAACAAACAAACAAACAAACAAACAAAAAAAACGCAGCCAGUUAAAAAAAGAGGAAGGCCUGCAGACUAUCAGACAGAGCUGAGAGAAGAAAAAAUUCAUACAGAGGUUUUGGAGAGAAGGAUUGCUCAUUAUUCUAUGAAUGCCAAAGCGUUUAUGUUUGUGACAUUACUGUAUAUACUGGACAACAAAUAAGACUGUGGGUUGUGUAGUGAGAUUUGCUGCUAUUAAUAAAGUCUGAAAAUUCAUUAUUUUUUUCAUCACUGAUGCUUAAUUUCUCUAUUUGGCUAUGUUGGUGUUGUCAGAAAAAACUGUUGUUACUGGGUUUCAAAUGUACAGAAUGGAUGAACAGUCCAGUGGCAUCAGCAUCAAGCCUUAACAUUGUUGGCUGUUUUCUUCUUUAAAAAAUAAUCUAGGAGGAAUUUUCCAUUUUAAAUUGUUUCUCUUUUCUAAAUUUCUCAUAAAGCAGUUAUCCAGUUAUCCAGAUGUUCCUGGGUGGAGCAGUGAAAAUCCAUAGUUAAAAUAUUAUCAGCAGUGAGGACAUCCCCUCUUGCUUCUGCCUGAAAAACAUUAUUAUGAAAACCUUUUUCAUUUUUUAAUUUGUUUUAAAUGUGAUAAAAUUAGCCACAAAUGUGCUGGAUGGCCUCAACGUGGUUUUCAUCUGAUUAGCAUGUAUCCGUCACUGUUGGUUGUUACAUUAACACAUAUUGGUUUCAUGAUGGUCAUUAAUACAGUGUAUUUCUUAUAUGUUGUGAUUUCUUUUGUUUAUACAGGCGGUGUGUGUUCUUUGGUGAGGUUACAAUAGGAUGUACUGUUGAAUAUAUUAAUAUUAAGUAUACUGAUAAAGUGGAAAUGUAAAUUAGUGAUUUGUGAUAAUGUUUUCAACUCUGUAGCCUGUGGGUGUUACAGUUUUAGAACGUUAUAAAAACUAAAGUUCAUUGUAAGUUUUUGACUUGUUAAGCACCCACAGUAACAAUGUGGAAAAUCUGUAUUUGCUUUCAACAGAAAAAUUAUUAUUAUUUUUUUUUUUUUUUUGUGACUUACAUAAGGCCAAUACUCUAUUUAACCAUGUAGCAGUGGUAAUAAAACUUUCAUGCACUA